AUGGGACUGGCGAUGCAGUGUUUGAAUUGUAGAAGACGCUCUCCGUCGAGCGGACAGUUUUUCUUGAGAUUAUUUCGACAAAUGGCUCCGUCUGUUGUGAACGUUUUUGUCCGCGGAGUUGUGCUGUUUCUACUCGGAUUCUUCGUGGCAGUGGUACUUUUCUUGUUUUCAGUCUUAGCAGAAACGCGUAGAAAGCGAAUUCAAGUUUUAGACUUUGAAAUAGUGGCGAAUUUGUUUAGUGGUGUAUGGUGGAUCGCUCCGUUCUGCGGAACAGUGGCUGCUGUCGUUGGAUUAGUUUACCCGUGCUCAGAUAUUCGACUUGGAAAACCUCACCAAUUUCAGAGAGAAUGGUCUAGCGUUCUCAAAUGUGUCGCCUUAUUCCUGGGAAUAAGCCACGCGUGUGCAGUAUCCUUUCUGUUGUUAAAGACCAUGUUUGGCUGUAGAUUUUGAUAAGCACACAUCAACGGGUGUUAUGAAACGAAUACGUUCGCGUGAUAGCAAAAUUCAGCUGACCAGCGUUUACAUUUAAAUUUCUCGUCUGUUGCUUUUCCGGGUGCUUUCAGAAAAAAAUAACAAACAUUGGAAGCCCAAGAUACCCAAUAAAAUCUCAACAAAAUUUUUUAACCCUAGUCCUGAGCUAGGUUGCUAAAUCAGCGCUCAUUUCAAUGUUUUUGCUGUGAAGAUGAUCGAGUUUUCACGUACGCGAGGUUUUAUGCUCGUAUUUAUUUUGUCAUGUGACUUGUUGCAGCUCUUUAUUAGCAUAACUCGUUGAAACAAGACCCUAAGAUGAAAUACUAGAAACUUUUUCUUUUGCUGUUGAUAAACAACUCCAGAAAAAACUGAUUAAGUAGGGAAUUUAUUGCUGCAGUUUAAUUGUCACUGAUAUGAUUGUCUGCAAGGUCGAAGCGCUUUACUCUUAAAAUUUUAUUUUAAAAUAGCAAUAUAGUCACUUCACAUGUGUUUGAAAGUCUAUUGCAGAUUGACAAAUCUUCAUAGUAGUUGACAGUUGUUGAUGUGUUAAUUUAAUUAGCAUUUGGCAUGAUUUAUCUACAGGUGAAUACCAUCAUAUCAGUAAUAAGUGUCCCUCUCUAAAUAGCCUCCCCACACCUUUGAACAUUUAAGUUUACUUUUCCUUGACAUUUUUUGUAGAAAAUUCCAUUCAACAGUUCAACACACUUUUCCCUCUUCAUGGCUGUAGCCUCGUUACUGCUAUGGUGGUUAUUUGACCGUUCCAAAAAUGGCCUUGGACUUGCUGUGUUUGUAGCACUGUGUGUAUGUGCUGUUUUACAGUCUUUGAUCUCCUUUGGAGUUUACAGGUAAUUUAUUUCUUCUUUUGUAGGAUUAGUAUUCUAGUUAAAACAAACAUCAUUAACUCGAGAUCAUUUGGGACUUGUUAUGUAGGCUGGCUUUCUUUUAUUAUUAUAAACAAGAGAUUGUUUAGGAAUGUUUUUUGAUUUGUUGUGCUGAUUGGCCGGGUUUGGCUCGCUGACGGGAUAGCUCUCAUCAGAUUGUUUGUUACUGAUGAAGAUCUACAACAUAAAAGAAGUUGAAUUCUUGUGAACAGGUUUCCUGCUACUGAGUGAAUAAUUUUCCUGGAAAUAAGAAAAUUUCCUUUGAACAGUUAUUAAUACUACUGAUGCAUUUUAUUGUUUUAUCAAAAAAAUACACCCCGGGAAUCCAAUCUACGCCAUAUUGUACAAAAGAAUAACAAUUUGACUACCCAGUUACUCUCUUCACUUGAGCAGCUGGUCAUGUGUCUACCCAUACAGUAGCCACUAGAACACAAGGUUCUUGCUUAUGUCCAGAGGUCAGAGGGCUGCAGAGAUUUCCUCCUGGUUUCUUUGAGUAUGAUCCCAGCUGGCCACUGCGGAAACUUAAGGAAAUAGAACCAAAAGAAAGUUCUUCCCAGCUCUUCAAUUUCUUGCCUACUAAUAUUACAUAUUAUACUUAUCAACUUGAAGUCCUACAAAGCCCUGUGAAGGAAUCACUUUUUUGCAAUUUGUAGUAGUUAAAUACCAAACUAUUUCAGUAUUGAAGUAUUUAUCUCUAUUGAUAUGAUAUAGGUUUAUAUUUCUUUAUUUGAAAUCAGCAUUAAUUUCACUUCUAAAUUAACUGCAUUUAAGCAUAGAAAACGUUUUCCGUGUUUGCAUAGCCUGAUAUAAACACAAGAGGGGUUGGGAGAAUUCGAGACAGCUAUGCAAACCCGAGACGAAGUCGAGGGUUUGCAUAACCGUCGAGAAUUCUCCCAAUGCCUCUAGUGUUUAUAUCAGGCUACGUAAACACAGGAAAAAAGUUUUCUAUUGCUUUUAUAAAAUAACUUUCCCGAGAAAAAAACGCAAAACUCUUUGUAUGGCACUGAUUAAAAGAGAAAUUCUUACCAGUCGCAAAAUCUUGUCCACGAAGUCUUGCACGCGUAAUCAGUUCUUGUUUUGCAAAAAGAUGCUUUGCAAAAUACGGAUUUUUCUCGCUUAAAAUGUCAGCUUAAGCGAAGAAAAAUUGACUCACCUUCUUUGUAACGAUUUUCAAUGUUUCAGCCGACGAAGGAAUGGGUAAAUAAAGUAAACUUGUCGAGUUUUGAACUCGAAAACUUUUUCAAAAUUCGUACUUGCGUGAUUAGCGUGCGAAAAGCCAAACAACUAGACGCCACAACCAUGUUUACAUACUCUCAUGCAAACACUCCUCUCGGCCAAUCAGAGCGCGCGUACUAUCUUAGUUAUUUUAUAAAAUGUGAUAGUAAAGUACUCAUUCAGUUAUGUUUAUAUUUCACAUUUUAACUAUGGGGUAUUGUCACUCAGUGAUGAUUGUUUCAUUAACUGACUUUUAGAUGAUGUUUAUUAUUUUGUUGAUUGUUUAGACAUGGAGAGCCUGAUUUCCUUUAUGCCAGAACUUGGAUUCCGUGGUUCUUUUUCUCUGCCGUAGUAACGUUUGGUUCUAUUGGAAGACAGCUUGCCAUGGUGAGUAAGGAUUUAACAUCAUCAUCACUUGAUAGAGGCUGAGUGCCUGUAGUAUCCAGGAGCUGUCAAUUUUGGUAGCCAGCCCCUAGAUAUCCAAGAAAAACAGGCAUUGUCACUCUGAAAUACCACUGGAAAAACAAAGAGGGGGAAGUGGCUGAACAAACCUUUUACAAGGGCUGUCAUCAAGAGGCGGGGGAGGGGGAUUCCCCCCCUCCCUCUUACUACUAUGAAUGUAGUCCAUGGCUACUUUCAGAGGAAAAUAGAAGAAAAAUAGAACCACAAAAUUUCCCAAGCUGUUUUAUUCCCCACCUUCUUGUUAUAUUUACCCAGCAACUUUAAAUUUAGUGAAACCCUGCUUACAAAUGUUGUUUGAAGAAACUCCUCAUACUAACAUGUAAACAAUGAAGUGAACUACUGAGCACGUGACAACAGACCGACCACUGACCUCUAACACUGAUGUGCAAUGGAGGAAUGGCGAUGCACCUGAUUUUUGAGUUUGGCACCUGUCAUCUGUGCGGCUUAAACUCUGACUUCCGUUUCCUUUAGGCUGCAUUAAGAGCUGCAUGUGCACUGCAAAGUUUAUUUGGGUGUUUAGUUUUUCUUUCACGGUGUAUGGAAACCUUGCAACAAUUCUGUUUUACUUGUGACUCCACUGAUGAAGGGCCAGAAAAUGUAACAGGGCUUUUUUGUUCAUCAUUACUUUUUAUUGAACAUUCUCUUACUUACUAUCCAAAAUGCCAUCGUGCAAAAAGCACGAAAAGACCCAUUUUGACUGCCCACUCAUACCAAAGCUUUGUUAUGCAUCAUUGAAGUGUCCUGUGUUAAUGCCAGCUAGACUAUUACCUUUAAGUAGCAUAUGCUUUUUCUUUCCCACCCCUCCUCCUUUAGGUGUUAUGCAUUGUUGUCGUCAUCACCAUCAUCAUCUCUAUUUUUGUCACUAAUCUUACUCUUGGCUAGGACAAGGUUGUUAUAAAUAUCACAAUACUUUUUGUCAUUGAAUUUUUAUCCUGCAGAAUGAAAUCAACUUUGUGAGGACUAAAGAACACUUUGAUUAGUGUAACAAGCAAAAGUUUGUCAAUAAACUGGACCAAAGAGCUGGAUUCACCUUCCACUGGUAACAUGUACAUCAAGGCCAACUUUUCACAAAACAAGAUGACAAAAAAGCCCCCCUCACCUCCCCCCUCCCCCCACCAACAAAAAGCAAAGCAAAAAAAUUUCGAUUUUAAAUGCCACUUCUGCUUUAUUUGUUAAUGGAUUUGCAAUAAUUAUAGGUCAUGAAAAACUAAAAGGGGAAUCAAAUUUUUCUUGAAAUCUUGCAAUGGUAGUAAUAUCUUUUGGAAAAAAAGGUCGUAAAAAAACUGUAAAUAGAAAUGGGAUUCAAGGGAAAGAAACAAGCUCAUGUAUAUCCACAGGAUGUUAUAUUAUUUAUCAAUGAAAAGAGAUAGUUGCUAUAUUUUUCAUUUUCAUUCUUGAAUGCUGUAUUUGCAGGCAUGUUCUCUGCUGAAAGCCAUUGUUUGCUAAUACAAAGUAUUGUAAAUAUUUUACCUAAGAAAAUAAAAUAUUAUUGAGAACAGAAGCAAUUUUCUGCAAGACACAGCAAUGGUGGGAUUUUAUUUCAAUAACUUUGGGGCAAAUGAUUUAAUAUUUGCGUGUAAAAUUUUCGUAGUUUGUAGGUCUGAUAGUGAUAUAAUUAUUUUUUCCCUCUGUACAGACUGAGCAAAAUAAUGUCAUUUUAAAACAGGGGACGGUUUUACUUGUUAGAAUAAUUUAUUUAAAGAUAUCUGAGGUAUUAGAUGUCUGUUUAUAUACGUUUGGUUUUGGAUUAAAAUAAGUGCUCAAUUGAGUUUCUAGAAUUUACAUAUGUUGUAACUUGAAGGUAAUUUUCCAAUAAUGCAAUCCAUCUGUAAUUAAUUGAAAAAAAUAUAUAUGACUUUUUUCUUGCUGGUCCAAGAAAAUCCUUGUUAGUGCCAAAGUCACCACUGGAAAUGUUCAGGCAUUCAAUUUGAAGAAUUCUUUAAGCAGACAUUUUCUUGCAGUGCAAGAGUCGGACUGCCGGUGUUCCUUAGAAAUAAUUUUAAGCAGAGGAAAAGGAAGGGUGAAAAAGAAAUAUUAUUCCUAAAUUUUCUUUCUGCCACCCUUUUGGCUUCUGUUGUGAAUAUUAAUGAUCGAUGUGCUGGCCUUUCUUUAUGGAUAAAAA